AUGGAUGAAACUGGUGAAGCGACUGUGAAAAAAAUAAGCAUGGUGAAUCUUGACAAACUUAUAAAUGACUUCUCACAAAUAGAAAAGCAAAUGUCAGAACUCAGUUCAAAGAACAAUAAAUUAGAUAUUCAGUUGGAAAAGACUAACUCUCUGCUAAAAUUGAUGCAAUCCAAAGAGAACUCCAUUAAAGAAGAAUGUACUGCUUUUCAGAAUGUGAUAAAUGGACUCCAGAAAACCAUUGAAAAUCAAUAUGAUUUGAAAGAUGAAAAUGAGCAGCUGAAGAAAAACAAUGAUAUCCUGAAGGAGAAGUUAAAAUCUCAUGAGCAGGAAUAUAAGCGUCAGAUUGACAAACUUGUGAAGGAAAUUCAAACUAAAGAGGAAGAACACAAGAUGGAAAUAAAGAAAGUUAAUCUGGACAUGCAAAAAAAAUUUGAACUAAAUGAAGAAAAACACAAAGAACUGAUGGAGAAAAAGGAAAUGGAGAUUUCAGAGUUGACCACAAAGUUAAGAACUCAAGAUAUGGAAAAGCAGAAUGAGAUAAUCAAACUACAGAUAGAGCUUAAUGCUCAGCUGGCAAGAGCUCAGACAAAAUCAGCAAAACCAUAUCCUGAUUCCACUGUUUUGCCUCAGAAUAUCUACAGAAGGAAGCUCCAGCAUCUCCAAGAAGAAAAAAACAAGGAAAUUGCCAUUCUUCGUGAUACCAUUCGAGAUUUAGAGCACCGCCUCACCAUCAGCAAGGAUUCUCACCUCAAGCGAAAACGGCCUUGAUCACAACUGUGAGCUUGACUGGCCAAUCAGCCUCUUUACAUACAGUUGGAAUAGGUCAGUAUCAC